AACUUGGGUGGCUGCCUACAUAAGAUUAAAUGCGUCCAAAAUUAGGCGAUUUUCUCCAAAGGAAGCUUCGGGUUCGUCACGCCCAAUGAAUUGAUCACGUUCAAUUCAUGAUCAUAUCAUAUCAAAAUAAAUUCCCAAAUGAUAAAUUGAAAAUCUUGAGCUCUCUCCUUUCCGGUACCCGAGAACCGAAUCCGAAUAUGAAUCCGAACCCGGAACCUAUCUACGAUGAUAUCGGCGGAGAAUCUCCGGUCACGGCGGCGUCUUCCUCCGGCGAGAGAGAAACAAUUUCGGGAGCUGGCGAUGAUGAGAGUAAUGAGGCGUCUACAUCGGAUGAGCGAGAGAGGAAGCUGGCAACAAUGGAGAAGCCUCCCUCUGAUGACGUCUGCCCCAUUUGCUUCGGCAAUUUCGUUGUUCCCUGCCGCUCUCCUUGUGGCCACUGGUACUGCGGAAGUUGCAUUCUGCAGUACUGGAACUUUAGUGCUGCAUUGCAGCCAUGCAAGUGUCCUAUGUGCUCACAGCGCAUAACAAAAUUGAUACCAGAAGCAUCAUUGUAUCACAGACGUCAAUCGGAGAUAAGUAAAGUCUUACAAAAUGUUGGCGACUAUAACCGCUUGUUUGUGGGAGGAGUUUCUGGAUUUAUGCUGAAAUUUCUUGCUAUUCCAUUGUACAUAAAGAGAAUGUUCCGAGAGAUGUUGAAUCCUGACAGACCUGGUGUUUAUCUUCAUGAAAUGCGGAUUAUUGCAAUGCUCCUUGGAAUCAUCUACUCAUUUGUUCCCUUUGAUUUUCUGCGAAUAGGUCGUGCUAACAUUAUAGAUUUGUUUGACUACUCCGCAUUUGCUCUCUCAUUCACCUUGUAUCUGGUUGGUCUGUACCUCCGGUGGAAGCGCGAAAGGAACAUUAGAGAGUUGGUUGACAUGCCGGAAGGGCAUGAUUGAGCGGUCUUUUCUACUUUUUGAGCUUGUCUUCACAUUUCGGCAUGAGUGUUUGUGGCGUGGUCCAUGAUGUGCUCGCUCGCACUCGGGUUGCAUGUUUCAUGGGGUUGUACUGUUGUGUUUCUAUCACUUGUACAUAAAGUUAGAAAAUUAGGUCUCCAUCUAAACCGCAACUUGUAUGUGAGUUCAGAUCGUUUUGUUCAAAUUUGUGUAUCGAUCUGCUUGUCGAAGUUGUAUUUAAAAAACUUGCAAAUGCUUGCCCACAUUUAUGUUCAUGGGUUUAACAUUGCAAGUUUAAUAAGAUUUGUAUAUGGGUUAUGUUUAGCUUGGGAUUUGUAUAUAGGGCCGGUUUAUUAAGUCGGGUCACUUUUAAAAGAUCUACUUAUGAUAUUUUGUAAAUUAUUACUUUAUUAUUAUUAGUUACUUCAAUUUUAUAUAUUGGCA